AUUAUGCCAUCUCUGAGCGUACAGAGAAGGUUGAGGAAGUUUCUGCUGAGGUGAAAUCACCAGCCAAGGAAACAAGUGAAUGCCGGAAGGCUUCAGUCAGCAAUGCUGCUCCAAUUAAAAAGUCUGCAGAAGAGACUUGGUCCACUUCUCAUACUCCACCUGAAGGACAAACAAGUUCUGCACCAGAAAGAGAAAUGCUACAGAUUGAUAAAAUGCCUUGUGAAACCAAUACUUGCUUGAAUAAGAAAACACUAUCCCUUUCUUACAAGACAGUUCCACGUCUCAGCACAAGCAGGAAUGGCAAGCGUCACAUCAAACCUGCUCCAGACAGCAUCUUAACACUGAGGCCACCCAUUAAGGAGUGCACCAUGCCAGAAUCCACAACUUCAGAAGUCAGCAAAAUGGGGAGGGUGCUCUGUACUGCUGAAGAGGAUGUUCAGCGAGGAGAAAAGGAGAAAUACAAACAGCUCUUGGAACUGGUUAAGGAAAAAUAUCCUGGAAGCUGCCCUGAUCCACAGGCGACGAGCUUCCGCAAUGUUCAAGUCUACUCCAAGGAGCCAGUGAUGACUGAGGGGCGCCUGGAAGAACAGAAAUACAGAGGAGAUGGGUAUCCAUGUAUGACACUAACGACCAGUAUCAAAUGCACAGAUGUUUGCAACUCACAGUGGUCUCAGAGAAAUGAUAUGAUCAGGUACUACACACCAGCAGAAAACUCUCGUGAACAGGGAAGACCAGUGAAAAAAACCACUGGAAAGAAAUGGUAUGAAGCUGAAAUCUCAGAAGAGGUGUUACUCCAAUUACAUCUGGCACCCGUUCUGCCCAGAAAGUCAUCUGCCCUUCAUGUGGAAGAGGAGAAACUCCCAAGCUCAGAAAAAACAGUAGAACGCUUUUCUCCACUCACAGAGGCUAUGGAGAGAGAGGUCAUUGCCGCAUUUGGUAAAGGGGAACCAGAUGAGAUCAUGAGCAGUGCCUUCAAACUAAGGGUGACUCGUGAGGACAUUCACACGCUAAGGAACCUUCACUGGCUUAAUGAUGAGGUCAUUAAUUUCUACAUGUCUCUUCUGGUGGAAAGAAACAAGAAGGAAGGAUAUCCAGCAGUCCAUGCUUUUAGCACUUUCUUUUAUCCCAAACUAAUUUCUGGGGGCUACAGAGCGGUAAGAAGAUGGACCAGAGGCGUGGAUCUCUUCAAACAGGACCUCGUCUUAGUGCCCAUUCACUUGAGGGUGCACUGGGCACUAGCAGUCAUAGAUGUCAGAAAGAAGACCAUCAAAUACUUUGAUUCAAUGGCACAAAGAGGGGACAAGAUUUGUGAAACUUUGUUCCAAUACCUGCAAGAAGAAAGUCAAGAAAAAAGAAAUCUGGAGCUCACUUUCUCAGAGUGGACUCUUCACAGCAUGGAGUCACAUGAAAUCCCUCAGCAACUGAAUGGAAGUGACUGUGGAGUUUUUAUUUGCAAAUAUGCAGAUUACAUCUCCAGAGACAAACCCAUCACCUUUACCCAGAAUCACAUGCCUUACUUCCGCAGGAAGAUGGUGUGGGAAAUAAUCCAUCAGCAGCUGCUGUGA